UGGUGCUUGUUUUUUUUUGUCUGCAGGUUGCGUGUCUGGCUGAGUUUCUCCCUGAGACUGAGGCUGCUCCCCACCUCGUUGCAGUGCCACGGCGCCCAAUGCGUCUCCAAAUGCGCACGAGCGAAAUCUGCAGCAGCGCGCCACUCCGCAGACCUCCCGCCGGGCAUCUGGCCCGCUCUGCGUCUCGACCCCCAACAGGUGGAUGAGUCGAGUGGGCAGUGAGCAUCGGUGGAUAAACUACACACCCCGAGGGCAAACUGGAAGUGGGAGUCCACCGGGGGAAACUUCGCUGCCGCGUAUUUUCGUCCGUCUCCAGGAUUUUGUUGCGCGGCCAGCUGACUGCGGUGCGCGCCGGUCUGCGCCUUUUCUUCUCUUCCCCCCGAAAUACGAGCGGAGGGAAGUCGUGAUCAAAACUGACCGAAUCCGGAUCUACGGUUGGAAUAUUGUCAACACGAGAAUGGAAAAUGCGGACUAGAUUCAAAAGAACAAACAAACAAAAGCCAAGAGAGAGAGACGGACUGGCAUCACAACGAGGCACCAACACGUCGACGAGCAGCGUCCCUGUGCAGGUCCACUGCAGUUCUCACAUCUGGGUGAUGCUACGUUCAAGAAGUUUUGGGUUUAAUGAUUUUUUUUAAAUUAUUUUAAAGCUUCACGCCUCAUUGUUUCACUAGUCCUCGUGUGGUCUCGGGAUAUUCUCUAGAAGGAAGACAGCUGAUCUCUACAGAAGUCCCAAUGCCCGACAUCCCAAAGUGUGCACCCCCCCUGCCUGGCUCACCUGGCCGCAGCCGUAGCAGUGUGUUAGCAGGGUGCUGGUGAGCCAAACACCCAGGGAGAUGUCACAGCUCUACUAUCGGCGGACGAGCAGCUCCUCGUACCGGGACCGCAUCCCGCUGAGGAUCGUGCGGUCCGAGUCGGAGCUGUCGCCGCUGGAGAAAGCCUACCUGGGAGCUGUGGAGAAGGGGGACUAUGCCAGUGUCAAACAUGCUCUGGAGGAGGCGGAGAUCUACUUCAAGAUCAACAUCAACUGCAUCGACCCCCUGGGCCGCACGGCUCUGCUGAUCGCCAUCGAGAACGAGAACCUGGAGAUCAUCGAGCUCCUGCUGAGCUUCAGCGUGUACGUCGGCGACGCCCUGCUGCACGCCAUCCGCAAGGAGGUGGUGGGAGCGGUGGAGCUGCUGCUGAAUCACAAGAAGCCCAGCGGCGGCAUGCAGGUUCCUCCCAUCCUACUGGACAAGCAGUUCUCGGACUUCACCCCCGACAUCACUCCCAUCAUACUCGCUGCACACACCAACAACUAUGAAAUUAUCAAGCUGCUGGUGCAGAAGGGCGUGUCCAUGCCGCAGCCACAUGAGGUGCGCUGUAACUGCGUGGAGUGUGUGUCGAGCUCAGACGUGGACAGCUUGCGGCACUCGCGCUCCCGCCUCAACAUCUACAAAGCGCUGUCGAGUCCCUCCCUGAUUGCGCUCUCCAGCGAGGACCCCUUCCUCACCGCGUUCAGGCUCAGCUGGGAGCUGCAGGAGCUCAGCAAGGUGGAGAACGAGUUCAAAUCGGAGUACGAGGAGCUGUCGCAGCAGUGCAAACAGUUCGCCAAGGACCUCCUGGACCAGACGAGGAGCUCCAGGGAGCUGGAGAUGAUCCUCAACUACCGGGACGAUAUCAGCCUGUUGGAGGAGGAGAGCAACAACGACCUGGCGAGACUCAAACUAGCCAUCAAGUACCACCAAAAAGAGUUUGUAGCUCAGCCAAACUGCCAGCAGCUGUUGGCGUCCCUGUGGUACGACCAGUUCCCCGGCUGGCGGCGGCGACACUGGGCAGGGAAGUUCUUCACCUGCGUCUUCAUCGGCCUCCUCUAUCCCGCGUUUGCGCUCUGCUACCUCAUCGCGCCGAAGAGUCGCUACGGCCUCUUCAUCCGGAAGCCCUUCAUCAAGUUCAUCUGCCACACGUCGUCCUACCUGACCUUUCUGUUCCUGCUGCUCCUCGCCUCCCAACACAUUGUCACCACGGAGCAGGACCGGCAGGACAGGCAGGGCCCCGCGCCGACCACGGUGGAGUGGAUGAUCCUGCCCUGGGUGCUGGGAUUCAUCUGGGCGGAGAUCAAGCAAAUGUGGGACGGCGGUUUCCAAGAUUAUGUCCACGACUGGUGGAACCUGAUGGACUUUGUCAUGAAUUCUCUAUACCUGGCCACCAUCUCCCUCAAGAUUGUAGCCUACACUAAGUACAGUGGCAGUAAACCGAGGAACCAGUGGGAAAUGUGGCACCCGACACUCGUAGCCGAGGCCGUGUUCGCCAUCGCCAACAUUUUCAGUUCCCUGCGCCUGAUCUCGCUGUUCACGGCCAACUCUCACCUGGGGCCGCUGCAGAUCUCUCUGGGGAGAAUGCUGCUGGACAUCCUGAAGUUCCUCUUCAUCUACUGCCUGGUCCUGCUGGCCUUCGCCAACGGGCUCAACCAGCUCUACUUUUACUACGAGACCAAGGCCUCCGAUGAGAGGGGGAAAUGCAAGGGCAUCCGGUGUGUGGAGCAGAACAACGCCUUCUCCACGUUAUUCGAGACCCUGCAGUCGCUCUUCUGGUCGAUCUUUGGCCUGAUCAGCCUCUACGUGACCAACGUGGACGCGGACCACCAGUUCACGGAGUUUGUCGGCGCCACCAUGUUCGGCACCUACAACAUCAUUUCGCUGGUGGUGCUGCUCAACAUGCUCAUCGCCAUGAUGAACAACUCCUAUCAGCACAUCGCUGACCACGCGGACAUCGAGUGGAAGUUUGCCCGGACCAAGCUGUGGAUGAGCUACUUUGAGGAAGGGGCCACUCUGCCGCCGCCGUUCAACAUCGUCCCCAGCCCCAAAUCUUUCUGGUACCUCAUGUGUUGGAUUAAGCGGCAAGUGUGCAAGAGGACGAAUUCCAAGCGCACCGAAACCAUCGGAACGCUCGGGAGGCGAGCAGCAGAGAAUCUGAGGGUAAACCAUCAGUAUCAGGAGGUGCUGAGGAAUUUGGUGAAACGUUAUGUGGCCGCCAUGAUCCGAGACGCUAAGACAGAGGAGGGCCUGACUGAAGAGAACUUCAAGGAGCUGAAACAAGAUAUCUCCAGUUUCCGUUACGAGGUGAUGGGCAUGAUGAAGACGGGGAAGCCCGCCCUGCAGGGGGCGAAGGCGGGCGGCAGCUCGGCGGAGUCCGGUCUUGCCUACCCUCAUUCCUCGCUCAAGGUUUCCCCCGGCCCGCAGAGCGGCCAGGUGAAGAGCAAACUCAACAGGUUCAAGAUCGCCGCCUCCAUCCUCAAGCUGGGCAGCUCCGCAGCUUCGCCCAGGCCGCCCGAGGCCUCCAACGGUCUGCCCAACGGACUCCUGCCCCUGGCCCUCGAUGCGAGCGAGAAGUCGAGCCAGAGGAGAAACUUCCCCAAGGACAUCGCUGACUUCGGCCUGUUCCAGAAACGCCACCGGGGGGGCGGGGAAGCCCCAUCCGGCGCAGGAGACGUGGCCAGACGGAUGUACUCUCUAUCGGAGGAAGCGGGGGAGUCAGGGGGCUCGGGCGCGGAGGACGAGGCGGAGAUCCCGGAGGGAGAAAGGGGGCAGGAAGGCGCUGCAGCCGCUGGGGCGGAGGGCGUGCACAGCGGGAUCUCCGGUGCCAACUGCAGACCGGAGGAAGAGAAGAAGAAGUGAAGCCAAGGGGAAGGACACAGGCAGUUUGUCCUGCGUUGACCCAGUAGCUGGGCGCUGUUUCACAGCGGCAUGUGGAGAAAGAGCGUUCGCGUGAGCAUUGCCACGGGCCGCGUGAUGCGCGACUGAAGACAGAGACCUGACAAUCAACGGGAGCUGUAGGUGAACAAUGCUGCCUCGGGCGCGUGCGUGAAAGUUGCCUGUUUCCAAAGAGAGUCCAACUUUUUCCAGGAAUUACCACACUAAUGAUGGGCUGUGAUCGGCGGAGACUCAGGGAGGCCUUUGGUGUACGAGUUUUUAAAAGGCUGUCGCAUUUGGCAGCGAAAAAGGGAAACGAAAGCUCUAGCGGGUGCGUUGCAAGGAUUUAGAUUCCAGGAUGAAGUCACUUCAUCUUAUCUCUUCCCGACUGGUGAUUAGAAAGUAAUUAUUUCCUGGCACCGAAAGUUUCAUCUUUCCUCUCUUUUUAAACCCCGCCCCUCUCCCUUUGCCCUUUGCCCUUGGCCCUUUGCCCUUUGCCCUUUGCCCUUUCUCGCUACCUCUUCUCCUUUUCCUGUUUAUCUCCGCGCCGUUUUAUCUCUUCCCAUCCUUAUCUCGCCGGAGCGAUAGAUAUGUUCUGUUUCCGGACCCGACUCUCUGCCUUAUUCCGUCCAUUUUCUGCACUUUGCACACUUUACCACUGGCAUACAGCAUCUCAAGGGCGCGUCAAGCUCUGAUCAUGCAACAGCAACAAGUCGAUGUUUUUCUAUGCAAAAACCUGGGAUUGUGAAAGGGGGGCCGGCCGUCGCUGUGUCGGGCGGCGACAGCUCAUGACAAGUAUUCAAUAUUGAUGUGAGACACAGGAUAUUAAGCAGCCUAUCAGCCAUUUAAGAGCAGCACAUUAUUCAUGUUUUAUCACUCCUACAGAAAACGAACUGGUUGUUUUGAAAAGUUUUGCUGUUUUUAAAAACGGAAACCUUUAGAUGUAAUUAGUUAGUUUGUAUGAAUGACGUUAUAGAGACUGAAACGGAUCAGAAAUAAACUUAAAAAGUACAGUA